CCUACGCUUAAAAUGAACCUAGUCAGAAGUUGCUCCUUUGCACUGCCACUUGGCCGCAGUAUCAUUUGCGGCUCGAAGAGAUCAACCAGCAGUUCAGCGAAUUUGCUCUGCGGCUCGUCUUCUUAUCAUAUCACAGCUGCUGAUAACAAACAAUUGCCUAGAAGACAUUUCUCCCAAUCGUCACGAAGCAACAUGAAGUUUGUGCAAUUCACGACCGGUUCCAGCGAGCAGCAUUUGGGGGUGCUGUCUCAGGAUGGCAGCAAAAUCUCCGACAUCUCCGAGCACUUUAGCAGCGAUUUGAAGGCUCUCAUCCGGUCCGGUGCCGCGCUGGAGGCCAUCAAGCAGAAGGCGGCCCAAGCCAAGCAACUGUCCGCGAAGGACGUGACGCUGCUCUCGCCGGUGACCAAUCCGCAGAAGAUUCUGUGCGUUGGACUGAACUACCGCGGCCACUGCGAGGAACAGAACAAACCGAUCCCCAAGGAGCCGAUGUUCUUCAGCAAGUACGCCACGGCCAUCGUCGGACCGUACGACGGAGUCAUUGCGCACAAAAUCACCGACCAAAUCGAUUGGGAAGUGGAGCUGGCGGUCAUCAUCGGCAAGGAGGCCAAGCACGUGUCCCGGGCCAACGCGAUGGACUACGUGUUCGGCUACACCGUGGCGCAGGACAUCUCCGCCCGGGACUGGCAAAAGACGCGCAACGGAGGACAGUUCCUGAUCGGCAAGUCGAUGGACAGCUUCUGUCCGCUGGGUCCGGCGGUGGUGCACAAAUCGCUGGUGGCCGAUCCGCACAACCUGGUCAUUACGUGCUCCGUCAACGGGGUGCAGAAGCAGAAGGGCAACACCAGUGAGUUGGUGUUCCGGAUUGACGACAUUAUCGAGCGGGUUACGCAAUCAAUCACCCUGCUGCCGGGGGAUGUGAUUUUGACGGGGACGCCGGCCGGCGUGGGAAUGCAUCGCAGUCCACCAGAGUUCCUGAAGGUUGGGGACGUGAUCGACAGCGAGAUCGAGUCGCUUGGCAAGAUUAAGAACAGUGUCGUUGCCGAUAAGUGAAGAGUGUUCAGGAAAAGAAUUGACGUGAAAUGUUGUUAUUAAAAGCCGCCAAUAAAAGUUUUAACUUUUCUUUAUUUUGAAAAAUA